CGCGGUAACCGCGGCCGCACUCCUGAGCCGCGCAGCCGAGGCCAUGGCUGGGGGUCCGGAGCCCGAGCUUUACGUGAGAUGGAAGCACUGUGGGGUGCAAGGUGAUAGGCCUUUAUGCAAUCUAACAAAGCUUUUGAACAAACUUCAGAAAGAUCACAGAGAUGACAUCUAUCUCUACACCUCUGGGCACUUGAAUUCCAAUAAGCUCUACAGGCCUCCUGAGACAAUCCUCUAUCACUGGCCCAAUGCCAAUAGACCAAAAGGGGAAAAAAUCUUCAAAGUAGAGAAAGCAUCUGAUAAGAAGAUUGCAAAGAUGAAAGAUGCUUUGGCUUAUUUUACCAUCAAUACAGCUCUGAGUCCAAAAGAUGUCCAGACCACACCACUAUUCAGGUAUCUGGACCCUCUGGAGCCUAUUUCCCGCACUUCAGAAGAGGACUUCAUUCCAAGGAAGGCUCCAGGAAAAGAGGCUUCUGCAGAACUGCGGAGAAGAGAAGAGCUGAGAUUGCCAGAGAUGAAGGUUCUCAAGUACAGAACAGUGGAGUCCAGCCGUCAGUGUGUGAUGUCUCCCCAACCCAAGGAUAAGUACCAGUACAUCAGCUCCUACCUAGCUGGUAUCACAAAGACAGACAAGUACAGAAAGUUCCUGUGCUUCCAAAAAGAAGUUCUUGCAAAACAAGAUCUCAUGAAGCACGAUUUCACUGGGAGAAAGGCAGCGAUAUGCCAUGAAAAGAAGUUGGAACAGGAGCUCCAGAAAGUGUGCAUAUGUGAACCUCAGCAGUUCAACAGACUGCACAUCUUUGGAGAAGUCUUUGAAGAUAUUUGCAAUAGUUCUUUGAUAUUUGGUGACAUCUUGAAAGAAGUCAAGGAUGAAUAUGAACUGUACAUGGCAAUCCUUCUGCAGUCCCAGGCCACGUCCCAGGACAAGACUCUGCUGGCUAAUGCCAAGGGGCUGGAGAGGAGACCAGUGAAGACUGCAGAUGUCACCCAGGCCAAGGAGGAACUGAGGGCGAUGGUCGCAGCCACCAAAGCAGCCAUGGAGCAUAAUGACAAACUCAGAAGUGAACUCGAGAGGGAGCAAACACUGCUGCAAUCUGCUAAGGAAAAAUCAGAAUUAUCUAAGAAAGAUGUAAUGGAUGAGGAUCACCUCACUCUUAUUGAGAAGGUUGAAAAGAAGAGGUGUGAAAUACUUAAUAAAUGGGAUGAAAUUCAAGCUCUUGAAAGAGAAAUCAAAACAACUUUGCUUCAUACGGGAAUUUCACAUAUCACUGAGAAUAGGAUUAAAAGCAUAGAGACUGAAGCUAUAAAAUUGGAAACAGCAAACAGAAUUUUAAAGAAGAAAAUGCAUGUUAUUGAAAGCCAGGUGAAGCAGACCAUGGAGAAGAGCAAGAUGAGUGAGGAGGGGCAGCGGAACCUUUGGGAUUUUAUUAAAGAAUUUGUAAACUUAAAGGAAACAGAAACUAACUCAAGUGAUUGGAAAAUGACCUAUGAAAAUUCAUAGCCACCAUGUGCGUAGCACGAAUGUUUGCAGAUUUAUAAAUUAAUGAAGAUACAUCUUGUUUUGUCAGUUUUAAUCUCUAAUAAAGUUAAUGUAGCAUAUGUAUCCUACUCAAGAUAUUGGAAUAAAUACAUGUGUGCAUGUGA